CAUUCACAGAAAGGCUGGCUCGCUCGCUCGCCCUUUCAUUCACACAAACAGCGUCUCAUUCACAUUUUGCUGUUUUUGUCUGCUUCUAAUGAAGAUCACGGUUUGGGGAUGAUAGGGCUGUUUGGCUUCAGGUUUGGGGGAGACUCUGAUAACCAUCAAAAUCACCUCCGGGGGUGUGCAUCUGCUGUUGCUAGGCGAGCCAGGGGAAGAGGAAAAAGGAGUGCCGAGUGGCUGUUCUGCUAGGGCUGCGGCGCAGGAGGGGAGCUGUGGGGACACGUUUCCUGCGCCGGGACCGCGCGGCUUCUCCGCGCUCCUGCGUCCUAGGAGCCGGCCUCACCCGCGCGCCCGCCAUGAGCGGCGCUCGUUAAACCCUGCUCGGCCGAGCCCUGUGCCGAACGCGGGACCUCGUAUGCCACACCUGACAGGGCUAGGCCUGGGAAGACUCGGGUGACCUGAGAGUGAGCUAGAGGUGAAUAAAUUUUCGUGCACAGAAGUUGCCGGGAACUUUCAGCGUUUCACUGUGGGCCAGGUUAUCUUAAGGCAUGAGGCCGACGGGCAGAGGCUCCUGAGGAAGGGGUCAGUGGGUCUCCGAGUGGAGGACAGACCUAGAGGCUGCCAACGUCCUGUUCUCCUAACUGGGAGGAAGGAGGCCUGCACAUUUCUUUGCAAGCCUGAGCCCGAUUCCUGAAAACAAGGCUUUUUUUUUUUUUUUUCCCCUCCCCCUGUGGAUUUGAUGUGCAGCUGCAUUUUUUUUUUUCCCUCCUGACUGCCGGGCUGCAGGCAGCAACUGAAGGGACAUUGUAAUGCAUUGGUAGCAUUUCUCAGGCAUUUUUCCAGGGCUUAAACACAUUCAGUUGGAAUAAAACUUGAAACGCAGCCCCCUGUUUUUUGGAAUGGAUUUCUGGAGCCUGUUGCCACUCAUCGAAGAAGCAUUUCUUUUUUGGAAGUAGAUUUCCAACUUAACCCUGGCUGAGAAAGACUGCUGUAAAUGAGCAGGGAAGACCCCCUUGAGCGCACUGGGCAGAAGUUCAUAUGCAGAUUUUAUUGGGGGAGGAACUGCAUUGCCACAAAGACGCUCAUCAUGGCUGCUCUGUUGAUUUGAAAAGAAAAAAGGAGAGAGAGAGAGAGAAAAAAAAAAACCCCAGGAAAUUGGUAUUUUAUGUUCACCUGGGGGUGAAUAUUCCUUUUUGUUUUCUAUUUAAAAAUUCUUACUGCUUUCCAAGUCAGAAUUCACCAGGAUUCGCUGAAGACUUAUUCUUAAAAAGCCUUCGUCACAUUCUAACGCAUCGCUGUCAUGCACUUUUAGGGCUCACAUAGAUGAGCUAAGCAGGGAAGAGGAAAACCUAACAUGGAAUAAUGGGUUUCCGAAAGUUCAUUUGAUCAUUUGAAGGAAUUGGAUUUACCUUUGGUACAAUUGCGGAAUGGGGGGUUGGGGAAGUGAAAAAUCAAAGGUUGGAAGGAAAAAUCUGGGAAGGUAGAAAAAGGAAAUUUGAGAAUUGAUUGGCUCCAGUUGCUGUCAGCGGGUGGAUGUCGGUUUUUUUUUUUUUUUUCGCUUCUUUUUUUUUUUUCCCUUUUUUUUUCUUCUUCUACAGGAAGUGAUUUGCAGUGCUCACCGAGCCUUUGUUGAGAAGGGUCUCCUCUCAGAGUGAGUCAUGCUUUUGCUGUGAGCAGCCCCAAGCAGCUGGGCUCUCCAUCACAGGCAACUAUGACUUUUGCAAAGCAAACGUUCAACCCCAAGCAGCGGUCUCCCGGGCCGGGGCUGCGCGGCCGCUGCUGUGUUGGCUUUUAAUGGUGGGAGUGCAUCGUCCUCGGACUCCGCUCUUCCUCUCCAGAAGGCUGUCCUGGGACCCCAGCUCUUCGUCCCGCUCCGGGGCCAGCGGCUCGCCUGCUAUGCGCGGCAGCCCGCGCGGGGGCCGGCACCAGCAGCGCCCGGGCGGAUGCGGCGAGCCCACGGAGGGGCAUGCUUCCACGCACCAAGUACAACCGCUUCAGGAAUGACUCGGUGACAUCGGUCGAUGACCUUCUGCACAGCCUGUCGGUGAGCGGCAGCGGCGGCGGCGGCAAGGUCUCCGCGGCGCGCGCGACCCCGGAGGCGGCCCCUUAUCUGGUGUCCGGCGAAGCCCUGCGCAAAGCGCCCGACGAUGGGCCCGGCAGCCUGGGCCACCUGCUUCACAAGGUGUCCCACCUGAAACUCUCCAGCUCCGGCCUCCGCGGCCUGUCGUCUGCCGCCCGGGAGCGGGCGGGCGCGCGGCUCUCGGGCAGCUGCAGCGCGCCCAGCCUGGCCGCCCCGGACGGCAGCGCGCCCCCGGCGCCCCGCGCCCCGGCCGUGAGCAUGAGCACCGCCAAGAAGGGCCGGCCAGGCGACGAGCCGCUGCCCAGGCCCCCCCGCGGGGCGCCGCACGCCAACGACCAGGUGUUGGGACCCGGAGUCACCUAUGUGGUCAAGUACUUGGGGUGCAUUGAAGUUCUACGCUCCAUGAGGUCUCUCGACUUCAGCACCAGGACACAAAUUACCAGGGAAGCCAUCAGCCGUGUGUGCGAAGCUGUACCCGGUGCCAAAGGAGCCUUCAAGAAGAGAAAGCCUCCGAGCAAAAUGCUGUCCAGCAUCCUGGGAAAGAGCAACCUCCAGUUUGCAGGGAUGAGCAUCUCUCUGACCAUCUCCACCGCCAGCCUGAACCUGCGGACGCCUGACUCCAAACAGAUCAUAGCGAAUCAUCACAUGCAGUCCAUCUCCUUCGCCUCCGGGGGAGAUCCGGACACAACAGACUACGUCGCCUAUGUAGCUAAGGACCCUGUUAAUCGCAGAGCUUGUCACAUUCUGGAAUGCUGUGACGGAUUGGCCCAAGACGUCAUUGGCUCCAUUGGCCAAGCCUUUGAGCUGCGGUUUAAGCAGUACCUGCAGUGUCCUUCCAAGAUUCCUGCUCUCCAGGACCGGAUGCAGAGUCUAGAUGAACCCUGGACAGAAGAGGAGGGGGAGGGCCCAGACCACCCAUAUUACAACAGUAUUCCCAGCAAGAUGCCCCCUCCAGGAGGUUUCCUUGAUGCUCGACUGAAAAACAGACCCCAUGCCCCCGACUCGGCCCAGUUUGCAGGAAAAGAACAAACUUAUUACCAGGGAAGACACUUGGGAGACACAUUUGGCGAAGACUGGCAGCAGACACCUCCCAGGCAAGGGUCCCUGGACAUCUACACUAUGCCAGAAGGGAAAUCACAUGCAGCCCCCAUGGGAGAAGUACCCACCUAUGUCAACACCCAGCACAUCCCACCGCAGGCCUGGCCCGCCGUGGCCAACAGCGCAGAGAGCAGCCCACGGAAAGACCUCUUUGACAUGAAGCCUUUUGAAGAUGCGCUCAGGAACCAGUCCUUGGGACCCGUGUUGAGCAAGGCAGCCUCCGUGGAGUGCAUCAGCCCUGUCUCACCCAGAGCCCCCGAUGCCAAGAUGCUGGAGGAACUGAAUGCCGAGCCUUGGUACCAAGGAGAGAUGAGUAGGAAGGAGGCGGAGGGGCUGCUGGAGAAAGACGGAGACUUCCUGGUCAGAAAGAGCACCACCAACCCAGGCUCCUUCGUCCUCACGGGCAUGCACCACGGCCAGGCCAAGCAUCUGUUGCUAGUGGACCCUGAAGGCACGGUGAGGCACGGGACAGGGCCUUCUCAUGAGCUUGUACCUGUCUUUAACCAACUCCACUCACUGGGACACCACAAGGGGCGACCCCUGCACUCCGUCCCCUAUCCGUGUGUGCGUGCCAGGGACAGAGGCGGAGAGCAGGUGUCGAUG